UCUUCGGCUAUGAUUCAUUUCCACAAACUAAAAUAUCCUUUCGUUGACAAAAUUGCCGGGUUAAGAAACCUGAUGAAUUCGGUAAUAGACACUGUAGUUUUUGAAAAGUCUCUGGAAAUAAUGCUGUCACUAUUUAGUCUUCUGUAUGCCUCGCUUAUUACAUUCAUUUACAUUUAGCAUAGGAUGGAGUUUAACGGUGUGAUGGAGUUUGAGCACUCAACUCUUCUACUCUCUAUUAUAUUGGCAGCUGCGCUGGUGAUCCUAAUGGCCAAAAUGAUGAUUCAGGGGAAGACUGAAAAAGGGAAAGGACUUCCACUUCCUCCUGGUAAAUUAGGGUUUCCUGUAAUUGGCGAAACGUACCAAUUUCUGAGAGCAUACAAGGAAUUCAAGGCCAAAGAGUGGGUGGAAGAAAGAGUUUCGAAAUAUGGCAGCGUAUUCAAAACUUCGCUCAUGGGGCGCCGCACAGUUGUUCUCACGGGGCAAGAAGGCAACCGCUUUCUUUUCCAAAACGAGUGGAAGAUGGUGGUGAGCACCCAAACCCCAACCGCUCUGCGCAUUUUUGGGGCUCGAAGCAUUUUGGUUGCGGAGGAGGAGGAAGUUCACAAGCGUUUGAGAGGGGCCGUCAUGUCUUUUCUCAAGCCCGAAUCGUUGAAGUCAUUCGUGGGCAGAAUGGAGUCCGUCAUAAAAAAACAUUUCGUUGAUCACUGGGAAGGAAAAGAGAGCGUUACGGUGUUGCCAUUGAUGAAAAAGCUCACUUUCGACGUUGCGUGUGAUCUCCUCUUCAGUUUGAAAGACGGUGGAGUGAAAGAUUUGCUGAGCAGGGAGUUUGAGACGCUGCUGAAUGGUGUUUGGUGUCUUCCAUUGGAUUUCCCAGGCACCACGUUUCGCAAGGCUUUGAAUGCUCGGAGUCGCAUAUGCAAACAGUUGGUGGGUAUCAUGGAACGCAGGAAGGUGGAAAUUGCACAGGGCCGUGCUUCCCCAGAGCAAGACUUGUUGUCGUGCUUGGUGUGUAUGAGGGAUGAAAGUGGGUGCCCGCUCACCGAGGAGGAGAUCAUUGAUAACCUCAUCGUUGUCAUACUUGCCGGCCAUGACACCACUUCUACUCUUCUCACGCAUUUUGUGAGGAUGUUGGCGCUCCAUCCGGAGGUCUACCAAAAUGUUCUCCAAGAACAAACACAAUUUCUUUUAGGGAAAGAACCAAAUGAGCCUCUUAGAUGGGAAGACAUUCAAAAAAUGAAAUACUCAUGGAUGGUAGCCCAAGAAACAUUGCGUUUAGUGCCUCCAAUUUUUGGUAGUUUCAAAAAGGCAACAAAAGUUAUUGAAUAUGAAGGCUAUAUAAUUCCCAAAGGAUGGCAGAUUUUUUGGGUGGCAAGCACUACACAUAUGAGUGAAGAUAUUUUCAAGGAACCAAAUAACUUUGACCCAUCUCAUUUUGAGAUUCAAAUUCCUCCCUACAAUUUUAUACCAUUUUCGGGUGGACCUCGAAUAUGUCCAGGCUAUAAUUUUUCACAAGUAGAAACAUUAUUAGUUUUGCAUCAUUUAGUAUCUAAAUAUAAAUGGUCAACUAUGGUUUCAAGUGAGAGAAUAAUUUGUACACCAGAACCAGUUCCUUCAUUGGGAUUGCCAAUCAAGCUUGAAGCUAAAUCAAAUUCUAUGGUUUAAAUUGUAUAACAUGGAUAACAAUAGUUAGGAAUUAUGAUAUAUAUUUUUACUUGACCCUAUUAUAAUUUAGGGAAUAUACAUUGGUUGUAAAUUCUAAUGGCAGUAUAUAACUAUGAAAUAAUUAAAGUGGUUUUAU